AUGAACGACGAAUUUUACCGAGAAGCUGCCGACUAUGUAAAACUGUGGUCGUCCCCGGUAAUCGCCGUAUUGUCGACGGACAGCGCGGAAGCGGCCUGUUUGCGCAACAGCCUAACGUUCUGUCAGCUGCUGUUUCCGUUCAGUAAACUCGACGAGGACGUAACGUUGCGAGACCCGUUCGGCCAGAACCACAACGUGACGAAGUUCCAGCUGGAUUUCCGAGACCUGCGUCGCAACGGUUUCCUGACGUCGAAUGCGUUGCAGCUGGUUUUAACGAAUAUUUUGCGCUACCGCAAUUUGUUCGCCGAAGCCGAUAUUCAGAAUCUGGCGCACAAACCACCGAACACCACGGCUCACUCGUCGCCGUGGCUAGUCAAGUAUCGGCGCCAUAUGUUGCAGUUGCUCGAACAGUCAGAACACGAAUUUUUACGCUGCUAUAUGGCAUGUAAGUUUGUCGUCAGCUACAAUGUGUGA